AAAUCCUGGUCAAUUUGCGGGAAAACCAGGUAGAACGUAGAAGAAACAAAUGCACCCGCCUUCAUUCUUUACGGAAAGCCCAGGGAUUUCGCCCUAAUUACAUAUUUACCCGGUCCCCAGGUCUCCCCGGUUCAAAAGACUAUAGAGCGACACUCACCUAUCUCUUCUUCCUUGUUCACCAUUGUAGUUGCUAGCUUGCUGCAAGCAAAAAUGGCGAAGCCCACCCUUGCGUUUUUGCAUUUCGUUCUGUGUAUCUCGCUUCUCCGCUUACCAUACGCGCAAGCAUCUUCCAAUCCCGAUUUUCAGGCGUUAAUGGCGUUCAAAACUGCUUCAGAUCCCUCUAACAGGCUUAGUAGCUGGAACCAAACCGCCGAUCCAUGUACCUGGUACGGUGUUUCAUGUGUUCAGAACCGCGUUUCUCGUUUAGUUCUCGAAGGACUGGAUAUCCAUGGCAGCUUUGAACCCUUAACUAAACUGAACCAGCUUCGUGUUUUGAGUCUCAAGAGGAACCGCUUCUCUGGUUCGAUUCCCGACCUUUCUAACCUCACCACACUAAAGCUUCUUUUCCUCUCCUACAAUGACUUUACUGGAGACUUCCCCUCCUCCGUAACGUCGCUUUUCCGGCUUUAUCGUCUUGAUCUGUCUUAUAACAACCUCUCCGGUCAGAUUCCAGUUACAAUCAACCGCCUUACGCACCUCCUCACUCUCCGACUCGAAGAGAACCAGUUUUCGGGCGGUAUUUCCAGUUUGGACAUCCCGAACCUGCAGGACUUCAAUGUGUCAGGAAACCGCCUCACCGGUGCCAUACCCAAGUCCUUGUCUGGUUUCCCAGAGGCGGCUUUCUCUAGGAACCAGGUCCUGUGCGGGUCGCCAUUGCCGAGUUGUAAGAACAUUGUGAGCGACCCGAGCAGGCCCGGCUCCGAAGGGGCUGUGGCGUCGCCAUUAAGUCCUCUCGACGAAAGACCGGGGGUGGUCUCGUCGUCGCCGAGUUCGAAACCGGAGGUCUUAGAGACAACAGGAAAUAGUCACCACGGCGGAACCGGGAAGAUGAGUAUGCUCGCCGUCAUAGCCAUUAUACUCGGCGAUAUUUUGGUGCUCGCGCUUGUCUCGCUCGUCUUGUACUGCUACUUCUGGAGAAAUUACGCGGAAAAAAUGCGCGAGGGCAAAAACUCGAGAUUAAUGGAGGGAGAAAAAAUCGUUUACUCGUCGAGUCCCUACCCUCCGCAAGGCGGGUUCGAGAGAGGAAAAAUGGUUUUCUUUGAAGGGGCAAAGCGGUUUGAACUGGAGGAUUUGCUGAGAGCUUCGGCCGAAAUGUUGGGGAAAGGUGGGUUUGGAACGGCGUAUAAGGCGAUUCUCGAUGACGGAAACGUCGUUGCCGUUAAACGGCUUAAAGAGAUUCAAGUCGGGGGGAAACGUGAGUUCGAACAGCAAAUGGAGAUAUUGGGACGGUUAAGGCACCAAAACGUCGUUAGUAUGAAGGCUUAUUAUUACGCUAGAGACGAGAAGUUACUGGUCUACGAGUAUAUGCCAAACGGAAACCUAUUCUGGCUCCUCCACGGUAACAGGGGCCCCGGCCGAACCCCACUAGACUGGACGACAAGGUUGAGGAUCGCAGCCGGAGCUGCUCGUGGGUUUGCCUAUAUCCACCACUUCUGCCGAUCGCCGAGAAUCUCCCACGGUAACAUUAAGUCUACAAACGUUCUCAUCGACAAGGCCGGGAACGCACGAGUUUCUGACUUUGGUCUCUCUGUCAUCGCCUCUCCUGCGGCUCCUCCAAGAACAAACGGCUAUCGUGCUCCAGAGACGUCAACCGACAGCCGGAAAUGUUCGCAGAAGGCAGACGUGUAUGCCUUUGGUGUGCUACUGCUGGAGUUGCUAACCGGGAAAUGUCCGUCGGUUGUGGACAACGGAGAGAUGGGUGUUGGUUGUGGGGUGGUAGUUGAUCUUCCGAGGUGGGUCCAAUCUGUGGUGAGGGAGGAAUGGACGGCGGAGGUGUUUGAUCUGGAGCUGAUGAGAUACAAGGAUAUAGAGGAGGAGAUGGUGGGGUUGCUGCAAAUCGCCAUGGCUUGCACUUCGGUUUCACCUGAACAACGGCCCAAGAUGGGUCAUGUGGUGAAAAUGAUAGAGGAGAUAAGGGGAGUGGAGGAGGGUUCACCAUCGCAUGACUCGUUUGACUCGGUAUCUGAAUCGCCUUCCAUGUCAAUGUCGGACGACAAGGCGACGAGUCGAUGAUGACUGAUGAGCUACUAGAAAUAUAUGGAGUGAUUAUGUUGGGGAUAAUCAUGUAAAUAAUUAUCCCUAAUAAGUUGGGAUUUGGGAAUUGGGAAGGCCUUUUCUUUGUAUUGUAAUUCUGUUGUAAAGUAAGAGCUUUAGUUGUGUGGGUAUUGAGAUUGAUUUUUGUUUUGUUUUCGGAAUGGUUCAAGUAGAGAGUAGAGAGUGUGAGUAUUUGAUUCUCUCAACCACAUGAAAAGGAAAUUAAUGCAUUUUUGGUUUUUGAUUUGA